GUCUAACCAACUUGUAAAUCAUUCCUAGCCCUUAGAUCUUGCUGAGAUGAAAUCCUGACCAUUUAAACUCACUUUUUUAACUGCUAGAUCAGCAGUUAUCGACGGUUUCCUUGCCAGUUAAUUAGUUAGCAGGUUUUGCCCCACGUUUUCCACCUCCCAUGAUUUUAGGAUGCUAUCUCCUCGUCACCCAUAAAACUACCAUCCCACCUCCACAACCUGGCGACAAUGAGGAUAAUUUCUAUGGUUCCAAGAGUUCGAGGCGUGAUUUCAUCCACAGAUAGGUUUUAUCGAUCAAUUUUGUGUUUAUCUGCAUCUCUAGGAUGUUUAGGGUCAGAACACUGUCAAUUCUGCGAUUUUUUGGCCAUUCUUGCAGAUGAAUCUGGUAACAAAUUGCCUUAUGUUAUGUGUUCAAGAAGCAACUCCACGAAGAUGUUGAAAAAGGGAAAGGCAAUUGGGAUAAUUCAAGAACCACUCUACAAAACAUACCCUACCAUCGCUACAGAAAGGAAGAAGAACACGAGAUUGGGAUUUGGGGGAUUCUAAUUUCUGGUCUAAUCGGAGAUACUGCCACUACUCUUGAUGGAACAGAAAUGCAGCUUGCUUCGGCUGUUGAAAGUAAAAACGCCACUUUAUCAGUUAAAAGAAGACUAGCGUGCGAGCAAUUAAGUUAUUUCAGCCAGGCUCACUACUGCUUGUCAACAUGUGACAACCUUAAUAGACACGGAAAGAAACAUCUGUCGUUUCUUAAAUGGAAAUGCCUCGAAGCAAAGGCUGCAGCAUAUUGUUACCAUGGUCUGAUCACAGACAAAGGUACUGAACCAUCUUGCCACAUCAGUGCGGUAUGUUGUUUUCUUGCGGCUGAAGAAAUUUUAAACGAGAGCAAGAAGGCCUGUUUAAACUUUUGCUUAACAGUUCCUAUAACAAGGGCUCCGGUUGCAUGGGGUGCUAUGAAACAUUUGAAUAAGAAAAUUCAUGAAAUUGCAGCUAAAAAGUCCCAGAUGUAUGCAUACCUUUUGGAGGAAAAAAAGAGUCUGGAAGUGUUGCCGGAACUCCCAGAGUUCGAGUUGUCAUUAAAGGCAGAGGAGUAUGAAAUGGCGGAUAAAGAUGGAGCAUGGGAUAGUGAAAACUGGAAGAUACCUAACCAGACACUUAAAAUGCACUUAACAGAUGACGAAGAAGAUGAUUAGUGAAGCUAUGUGCAAUUUGAAAUGGUAGUAGUUGAUUGGUUUUCCUUCCACGAAGAACAUGUGUAUAAAAAGAUGGAGAAUGUUGUAAUAUUCAUGUGAGUUUUAUUGUAACAGACUUGAAACUAAAUUAUGAAAUAUAUAUUAAUCACAAGUCAUUAGUAACAA